AUGGAAGUCUCAGUACGCUGUUUUCGUGGGAAAAUUCGCCACCUUUCUACCAGCUUUCUUCCACAACCAAGUGAGAAGACCUGGGAUUGUGUUGUUCUUUCCUAUGCUCUUGCUCAGAAAUCUAGAACCGUUCGGCAUGGUCGCAUGAAUAACCAAACUAGCGGAGGAGCAGAAAAUUUGCCUCAGAAUGAAGUAGACAAUCCCAAUGUCGCUGUAACUCCUCUAACUCCUUCUGGAUCUAAUCCAUGGGAUAAAGCAUUUUUACCAAGAAAAUGGUACAACUUCGAUGCAAACUUUAUGAAACCACUACUUACCCAUUCUACUCCUUCACUGGAGCAAACUCUUCCACCACUUUGUCUUCCUUUUGCGCGGAUGUUCACUUCAGCUCGACAGUCAACGGCUACCAACAAGGUCUCAAAUGAUUCGAGCCCAUGCAAUUCUAUAAAUGUAGAAGACGGUUAG